UUUAUAAUUAUUUUUUUUAAUUUUCAGGGUGAUGAGGUUUCGCUGGAAACGGAGAAGUUGAACAAGUCUCCUGUGAAUUCGAAAAAUAAGUUGAUUAAAUCGCCACAAGUGACGAGAUCAAUGACAUUUCCGAUACCAGGAGCCGAAAUGCCGCCAAAGUCGCCGAUUGCUAUGCCGUUGUUUGACGUAAGUGAGGGCGUUAGGAACUCGUGGAAAUUCUCGCCGAGACUCUCUCUGGAUAGCAGAGCCACAUUUGAUGCGUCUAAACGAAGCCUUUACGAGAAGCAGGAGCGGAUGAAUUCGUCGAAUAUAUCGGUGAUUCGUCGUGAUCAAUCUGAUUGUGGAGCGGAAAAUGGCGGGAGGCGAUCAACAAGCGUCAUUGCGAAGUUAAUGGGAAUCGAACCGUUGCCUAAUUUACCGUCUCAGCCAGUAGCUAGGAAAGCUGAGCUACGGAGAUCUGUGUCCGAGUGUCGAGUGUCUUGUGAUAUGUUUCAGUCUCGAAUGGUUGAGAAAAAGUGUAAAGAUGAUGCGAAGGUGAAGCAGCAAAAUCACUUGAUUACAAGCAAUGUUAUUAGGGAAAAAGAGGUGGAUCAAUCGCGGAGAGGCCUUAAAUCUCCACAGCAAUGUAAGAGCUUCUUCAAUUCUGCGGAUUUUUUUCCUGAGCCGACGCAAAAUGUGUCAAUUUACGGAGAAAUUGAACGGAGAUUGAAAAUGAAGGGAAUCGACGAACCUUCGAAGGAUCUUGAGACGCUGAAGCAAAUUCUCGAAGCUAUGCAACUCAAAGGACUUCUACAUUCUAAUCAAACACCUCAAAUUAAGAAUAAGAACAUUGUUUAUGAUCGUAAUUAUUCACAAUGUUCUGAAACUCAAUCUCCGAUUGUUCUUAUGAAGCCUAUGAAUGGACGAGUCAGUGAUGACUCUGGAUCAAACUCUGGUAACCGUGUUUCAUCCAUUAGUCCAAGGCGUCAACGACAAAGCAUUGAUCAGAAUGUGAGUAGUCCAGUCAGAGCUAGAAAUUUGAGUUCCCCCCCUCGAACUGAGACGAAUGUGAGGAGUUCAAAUUCAAGGUCUAAUUCACUGGUGAAGACGAAACAGUUGAGUAUUGAAACUCAAAGGCGAGGAAAUGAGUCUAUAGAUUCAACAAAAGUUUCACCGAGAAUAUCUCCAAGAAGAAAUGCAGCAGAUCAAGUGGUCAUAAAUCAAUCUCCAAUUAACAGGAAACCGAUAGAAAAUGAAUUUUCAUCGAUACUUUCUGAAAGUGGUGUUAGUAAACCCUUUCAAACUGAUACUGAGAGAUUUAAAGAAAGUGAAUACAAGGAAGGAAGGAGAUUGUUGAAUAGAUGUGAUAAGCUGUUGAAUAGCAUAGCAGAGAUGAAUGCGACAGAGUCCCAACCGAGCCCCGUGUCAGUGCUUGAUUCGUCGUAUUACCAGGAUGACUCGUCAUUGUCGCCUUCACCUGUAAUAAAACGAAGCAUUAGUUUUCCAGGUACAGUAGUGGAACUAGAAGAAUUGGGGAGCCCUAGAACCUCGUCUGUCCUGCUAGAUUGUGGGGAUGAAAUCAAUGACUCUGAUUUCAUUUAUAUCUCCAAGGUCAUUGAAGCUUGGAAUUCUGCCCCAGAAGAAACUAAAGAUCUUAUCUUCUUACAGCUUGAAAAGCAGCAUUAUAUGCAAACCAAGGACACCUCCAAAGUUUCAAAGCUCCAAAGAAGACUUAUAUUUGAUACUAUCACAGAAAUUUUGGAGCAAAAGAGAAAUUUCCCACCAUGGAAAGCAUUAUCGAUUAAAAACCGGAACACUUCACGGCCACUAGUGCAACAGAUAUGGUCUGAAUGUCAAAAAAUUAGAGAGCAACAAUUAUCAGAUGAUCUCUUUGAAGUAAUUUGUGGAAUUUUAGAGAAGGACCUGGCUGGAGACUCAGUUGUUGGGUGGGGAGAUUUUCCUUCAGAGAUGUCAGAAGCUGUAUUAGAUAUUGAACGGUUGAUUUUCAAGGAUUUAGUUGUGGAGUCAAUCCGUGAUCUGGCAGAUUCAGCUACCAAAAGCUCAUACUUGGCUCCUCGUAGAAAGUUAGUGUUCUAAAGUUUCGAAUCCUCGUAGAAAGUUAGUGUUCUAAAGUUUCAAAAGGGCGGAGACAAAAUGAUAGGCUACUUUUAACUUCCUCGCCCUUAGUUCUGUUUGUCUCUGCUUCUGUUUUAUAAUUUAAGUAGUUCACCUUCUAUUUUC